GCGCAGCAGACGCGCCGGGCACAACCCCUUAGUGCGAAGGCGCGCGGCGCGCAGCUGCCCCCAUUGCGCAGGCGCAGUGGAGAGUCUGCCGUUGCAGGGGCGGGGCUUCUGGAAGCUUCUGGGCAGGGUGCGAGGGCGGCGGCGCUCGGCCGGGAUCCUUGGACACAACGCGACUGAUUCAGACAUAGAAGGCAUGAGAAUAGCUUGAACAAAUGACAUGAGAUAAAAGCUGCAAGGGGGAAUAAAAACACAAGGCAAACAAAUAAAGGAAGGUUGUUGCAUAUCUUGGAGCAGUGAAAUAGUUGUGCAUUACAUCAAUUUUAAUUGCAUUGCUGAAGAGGACUUCAGUUGAUAACAAUGAUUGAAGUUUUGAUAUUAAAGAUUGAAGAUCCAGGUUGCUUUUGGGUCAUUCUGAAAGGAUGUGGAUCUUUUGUAGACAAUGAAGUGGAAUAUAGAAAACUGCAUGCUGACAUGAAUCAGUUCUAUAACCAAUCUUGUAGAGAUGUGGAUGAAGUAAUGCCAUUAACGUUAGAAGAAGGGCAGGUGUGCGUGGUUUUUUGUCAGGAACUGAGAUGCUGGUGUAGAGCAGUUAUUAACACAAUCAUGUCCUGUACAGAUCAUUGCCUGGUAGAGUGCUUCCUUGUGGAUUAUGCCAAGUAUAUUCCUGUUAAAACAAGAGACAUUCGGGUUGCAGUGGAAGCAUUUAUGCGACUCCCAUAUAGAGCAAGAAAGUUUAGAUUAUACUGUAUAAAGCCAGUGACGUUGCACAUCGACUUCUGUGAAGAUACUGCAGAAAUAGUACCUGCUAAGAUUUGGGAUGGUGCUGCUAUUCAGUACUUCCAAAAGCUGCUCAGAGAAACCACGCAGAUUGAGGCUAAGUUAUGUGCUAUAGAAGAUGAACACUUUGAUGUUUAUCUUUAUGUAACAGUACAGGAUGAAAAGGUAUGUGUUAAUGAUGAACUUGUUGCAAAGAACUUUGCUUGUUAUAUGUCUACUGAAGAGAACACAAAUAAUCCUGCAAAUAAACCAAGCAAGCAGUCCAAGAACUUUGCUUGCUAUAUGUCUACUGAAGAGAACACACAUAAUCCUGCAAAUAAACCAAGCAAGCAGUCCCCAUUAAGUCUCGUGGGUUUUCCAGAAAAAGUGAUCAGUCCUGUACUUGCUCUUUGGCCAGUGCUCUUACAGGGAAAGGCACCCAAAAACCUAAAAACAGGUCCCACACAGUUUGAGCUCCCUGACAUCUCUCUCAGUGUCAAUAGCCCUGGGCGCACUGCUUCAAAUCCUCUUCUGGAAAAGAAUGGUAAAAAUCUUUCAACUACAUCUUUUAAUGGACAUAAUGAGUCUACUGUCAGUGUGUUUCUCGGCUUUCCUUUUAAAGAAAAUAUAACUAUUUCUGGUCAGACAGACAGUGACUUACUUGAAAUCACAUGUAAGAAACAACUGAAAGAGAUACAACAAGAUGAAAAGAGUGGCUGUGUAAAGCUUUUGCAGUUUUUAAAUCCUGAUCCUUUGAAAACAGAUCAUUUUCAGAAUGAGAAACAGGAGUUUCUAAAGGUCAGUGCAGAACAACAUUUUGUUGUUUUUAACAAGAAAAUAGAACCUUGUUCAUCUCUUGAAACAGCACCACUUCUUGUUGAUCUGAAAAAGGAGCUUCUCUGGAAUAAGUUUAUAGGCCCUACUUUCACACAGUCUUAUUGUUGGCCACCUAUAGCUCGUGGAUGUGAUGUAGUUGUCAUCUCUCAUCAUGGAAAUGAUCCUCUGUUGUAUAUUCCACCAAUUCUUACAUUUUUGCAAUCAAGAGUCUGCUACAAGUCAUUGCCAAGUGGGAAUGGUCCAACAACGCUAAUCGUGUGUCCUGGAUGGAAGAAAGCACAACUUGUUUUUGAAUUAUUGAAAAAAUAUGGCAGAUGUUCCAGACAGUUGCAUCCAAUGUUGUUAUUAGUUGGACUGAAAAACGAAGAGGUCAAAAAUAUGAAGUUUCUACAAGGAUGUGAAGUGAUUGUAACUACACCAUACAGCCUUUUAAGACUGCUUGAACACCAUAGUUUAUUAUUACUUAGACUUUGUCAUCUCGUUCUUGAUGAGGUUGAGGUACUGUUAUCAGAAGCCAGCAAACAAGUAUUUAUGAUCCUAGAAUAUUAUAGGAAAACAAUCCCUGUUCCGGGGAGGGAAUCUGCGCCACGUCAGAUUGUUGUUGUUGGAACUCGUUGGAAUAAACAUAUAGAACAUGUAACAAGAGAGUUCAUGAAUGAUCCUUAUAUUGUGAUAACAUCUGUGGAAGAAGCAUGCAUAUAUGGAAAUGUUCAACAGGUAGUGCACCUUUCUUUGAAUUGUGACAAAAUCUCUGUACUACUCAGGAUAUUGGAUUUCACCCCUAGUAAUGCUCAGAAGACCUUGGUUUUCACUAAUUCUGUGGAUGAAACAGAAAUGGUUUAUAGAGUAGUGGAGAGCAAUGCAAUAUUUUGCUUAAAAAUACACAAGGAAAUUGAGUAUCAUUUCAAAUAUGUUGAAGAGCAAUGGAGAAAAAAAUUUAGUCCUGGCACUCAUGUUGUGUUAGUUUCAACUGAUGACUGCAUGAAAUACUUGGGAAUUACUGAUGCAACUUGUGUGGUACAUUUCAGUUUUCCGUCCUCUCCAAGUGUCUUUGGUACACGCUUACACAGCAUGUCUGAUAACUUUCGAAGUGGCAUAGAAAAGAGUUCUUUGAAAGAUGACAAAUUUACUAAAGCAAAAUCGAUCUUGUUGCUGACUGAAAGAAAUGGAUGCCACGCAGUUGGUGUGCUGCAUUACUUGGAACACACAGAUGCUAAAAUUCCACCAGAAUUGAGUGACUUUGCAGCUGGAGUGCUCAAAGCUAAAGAAGAUAUGAAACUAGCAAGGCCUCUUUGUCGUUAUCUUAAAACACUUGGGGUUUGCAAGGAUAUGAGGAUAUGUCCAGAUCGGCAUCAAGUUAAUUUACAAAUAGAUUUCCCUCCAAAGUCUUCAGAUCAAAUUAGAUCAACGGCUGGAUAUGUCACAAUACUACCUCUCCACAUUGUGGAUGCAACAAACUACUUUGGUCGCAUAGUAGAUAAGAAAGAGGAUCAAUAUGCAAUUCUUGCUGUAGAAAUGGACAAGCAUUUUAAGAAAGCUGGUAAUAAAGUAUCAGUUGAAAUGGCGAAGAAACUAUCAUUGUAUGGAUUACAUGAAGAGAAGACUUUUCAUCGGGUUCAAGUAUUAGAGAUCUUUCCAAAAGAAGAAAAUGGCUUUUUCUAUAAUGUUUCUAUCAAGUACAUAGAUGAAGGUAGAACUGGUCAGGUUCGAGGCCAUCAGUUAUUUUCCUUACCUGCAGAAUUUCAGAGUUUGCCCCCUCAGGCAGUGGAAUUCAUUGUUUGUAGAGUAAAACCUAUUGAUAAUGAAACUGAAUGGAGCCCAAAGAUUACUAGAUAUAUUCAUCAGAAAAUUAAAGGAAAAUUGCAUGAAGCAAGAGUGGUGCUUACCUUGGGAAAUACAGUUUGGGUUGAUCCAAUGGUCCAAGUCAUCAGACUUCCAGAUUUGAAGAUUUCUGUUAACGAAUACAAUAUUAGAUCUGAGAUUUUGUCUAUGGGAAUGGGAACUGAUAAUCCAGAACACAUAAAACAACUCCAAAAAUUGUGUGAAUCUGCUAAAAUGUUAGCUCCUGAGAAAAAGACCUUGCAAACUCUUAUUAGGGACAUGGCCAGUCCGCAGAGGGAGCCAGAACAGGAUAUGGACAGUGUGCAGAGCCCAUUAUUAGGAGAAAAAUUGUCUGAAAAUUGCAAUUUCUCCCAAACUAUUUUGGAUCAUCAAAGUGGUGCCAUAGCUGAAAUUGAGGCAGAAAACUCUACACAGCAUCAUCAUAAAUGUUUCUAUCCGGAAAUUAAAUGGUUUCAAAAGGAAGAUACUGUUACCAUGAAGAUAAAAAUAAGAAAUGUAACUGACUGUAAAUGUGAGUUUUUGAGAAACAAAGUUAUUUUCAGUGCUUUUUCAGAAGACAAAUUUUAUUUGGUGGAUACGGAGCUGUAUGAAAAUAUACUUACUGAAAAGUCUGUAUGUGAGAUUAAGAAUGAAGAACCUGUGAUUAUCCUUGCAAAAGAAAAGAAAGAAUCAUGGCUCAAACUGCUAAAGCACAAGAAUCCUAAUGUGUCUUUUGACUUCGAACAUUGGGAAGAUUUUGGAGAUGAAAGCCCCUUUCCUGUUGGUGCUGAAAAAGUACAUCAUCCUGCUACACUGGCAAUGGAAGAAAUGGAGGAAUCCUCAGGCAGUGAAACAGAAAGUGAUGACUAACCUGCAGAAUCAAUCUUUCUCUAUAGAUUAUCAGCAGGACACUAGAAGCAGAAGGCAUGCAGUUACGGGGCCAGCAGAGCCCAUGGCUGCCACCAGACAGUGGCAGACAUAACAGAAGACGUAGCAGUAGCUCCAACUACUACUGCUGGAGCACAUGCUGUGUGCUUCAGCACAAGGCAUGUAAUUGCAGCAGUUUUGGCUUUGACGUGGGACAUGUGGCAGGCAGGAGCUAGAGCCAGUCUCUCAUGCUUUGCUGCUGUUGUCAACGCAUGCACUGCUGCCCCUGCUAUCAGUACCUACUUUGAUGUUGCUGCCACUGGUUCCUUGUGCUGGCCCAGGUUGGAUCUAGUCCUAGGCAUAAGGUGAGUUUGACAUCCGUGCUUUUAAAAUAACUGUAUAUUUUUGUUAAUCUACAAUAAGCUUAGGUUAUCUGAUAACCUGAAUAAAAGUUUAAUUUGAAGGGGGGAUGUAAUUGCUUAGUCUCCAAGUAUAAACAUACUCCUAUCACCUCUAGAUCAGUGAUUCAUAUUUCUCUUGGCUCCUUCUCUUCUCCCCCCACCCUUCUAGGAGACAGCUUUUCACUGGUUCUUUUCUGGCUUUUUGAACAUAGUUAGUUCCCUGCGCUUUUUUAUGGGGAACUGGCUAUUUCAUGGAAGACUGCCAAUUGCAUGAUUUGUGUGAAAUCCUUGAAAUUGUGUAUUUGGUAGGUUCCUAGACAUUGAGUAAUAUCAAAUGUACUUGAAACUAGAAGGGAGUGUUAGCUGGGCAGUGUUUUGUUAUCUAGACAGAAUGAAAUUAUCCGGUUGGAAUUAUUCCUGAAAAAUUCUGCUACUCAAGAGCCAAGAGGUUUGUGCUAUUAAUACAUUUAUUUUAGUACACAAAUAGCCUACUUUAUGGGGUAAAGUGUAGUAAAAUAUAGACUGAUUACAAGCUUUCUUACUUGUUUAUCCCUGCUAUGGGGACAGGCUAGAACAGUGUUAGCACCGCACCACUGCUAAAGGGCCGGGCUGGAGCAAUGCUCUGUGCCCUGGGCUGCAGCAGGGAUAGAGCCGACUCAGUCAGAGCAAAAGUAAGGAGGUGUGGGGGGAGAGAGGAGGAAAGGGGGUGGGGACCUGAGGCUGCAGGUAGUAGCAUGGAGAGGAGAGGAGGAGAAAUGGGAGGGGGGAAUCGGGUCAGCCUGAGGCUGCAAGGAGGGGUAGGCAACAAGGAAAAAGCUGCCUGCCUCUUCCCGCCUCCCCCCUACCAUCUGACCCCCACUGCCUGCCUCAUUUCUGCACCCCCCGCCUUCCCCCACAGGCCCCUGCUACUGCCUCUCCCCCAUUGUACCCUACUGCCUGCCCCAUUACUGCUGUCCUCAUCACCUCCCCAACACCACCUGCAGUAGUGGGAGGCACAUAUUUAGAUGAUGAUCCCCUCCAAACAUGAAUUCUAUACAUGGAAAACUAGAAUUUACAACUUUAUAAUAAAUUAUAAUGAUUUAUAAAAAUUUAUAAAUCUGUAGAAUCUAAUUAUUGGGGGGAGGGGGUUUUCUUAUGUUAAAGGCCAUCUUGUAUUCGAGUAAAUACAGUAUUUUGUUUUCCAUUUCCAGUUAUGAUCCCGCACAGAGUUUCAUAUUACUAUAAGAUGAAUGUUUAAGCAAAGUACUGGAAUCAGUAGUACUUGCAUUUUUACAUGCAGUUGAAUCAAAAUGUUGUUUAUUUCUCUUUGUUCAUUUAUUAUUUUCUUUAUUCAGUUCUUGUUUACUAUCUAUUCCAAGAAGCUGUUUAACAAUAAAUGUAUUAUUUGAACCCAGAUGCUGUGUGCAGACCAUUGGGCUGGAGGGCCACAUAAGGAGUUUGGUACGCUCUUGAGGGCCAGAAGGCCGGGGGGGCGGUGCUGACCUGGCCUUGGUCCCCCUGUCACAGCUGUGUUACAUUGCUCAGCAGGGGCUGAGGGGAGAUGCCAAUUUAUUUUCUGGCCCCAGGCCUGCCUGCCCCACACUCACCACCAGGAGUGCCAGAUGAAGCAGGUAGGCGGUAUCUCCAUGAAGACUGGCCUGGGACCCCCAUGGGCAGGGUCUGCUUGGCCAGGCAGAUGGGAUAGGGCUGCAGGCUAGCAGGGAGCAGCAUCUGGGAGGUCAUGGGGCUGGGGCCUGGGGCAGAGUUGCAAUCUGCACCCUGCACAUGAAUGAGUCAUGCCCCUGGCGGGUGGUGGGGCACAGCGGCAGCCCGGCGGUGGUAAGCAGGGGAGCUCCCACAGAUGCUGUCAGCACUGUCAAUGCCCGGGAGAGGGGUGGCGAGUGCCAACCAAGGGUCAGUGACCACCUGCAUCUGCUACCAGCAGCAUCGGUGGCGGCCAGCAGGGAUUGUUGACUGCCCACAGACUCAGUGGCGGGGUGGUGAGCAGCGACUGUCCGCAGGCGCUGCCAACACUCUCCUUUUUGUAGAGAGCCACACUCGGAGAGUGCGUGUGCACCCCCUACACAUUGUCCCUGACCCUGCACAUCCCUGCGAUGGUCCUUGGCCUUG